AUGGUUGACGAUAUGGUUAAUUCAUUGAAAAGUGCUGCACUUGGUAUUGGUGAAUUUUUUACACCCGUCUUAAAACAAUCGAAAUUUCGUGAAACAGGCGUUAUUACACCGUUAGAAUUUGUUGCAGCUGGCGAUUUUCUUGUACAUCACUGUCCAACAUGGCAAUGGUCACCAGGAGAAGAAUCAAAAAUAAAGAAUUAUUUACCGCGAGAUAAACAAUUUUUAAUAACAAAAAAUGUUCCAUGUUACAAACGCUGUAAACACAUGGAACAUCGUGAUAAUUUAGAAAAAAUAGUUGACGAACAAAAUGGAGACGGUGGAUGGGUUGAUACGCAUCAUUAUGCUGAUAGUACACAAACAGAAUCUCGAGAAUAUGUGGCUGAUAUGCAAAAUUCAACGGCAUCUAAGACUGCAACGCUUCAGAAUAAAAAAAUUGACGAUAAUGAAGUAGAUGAUGAUGAUGAUGAUGUUGAUGCUGCUGAUAUGGAAGAAUUCGAACGACAAGAAAUGUUUGAUAAUGAUCCAUUAGAAGCACCAAUAGUGAAAUCAUCAGCGAGUACGACUUUGCCUUCGACAACAUCUGGUCAAGAUGAUUCAUUAGUUCAAAAUACUUUACAAACUAGAACAUAUGAUUUAAACAUAACCUAUGAUAAAUAUUAUCAGACACCUCGUCUAUGGCUUAAUGGUUAUGAUGAACACCAUAAACCUCUAACUGUUGAACAAAUGUACGAAGAUAUAAGUCAAGAUCAUGCAAAGAAAACAGUGACAAUGGAACAACAUCCACAUUUGCCCGGUCCACCCAUGGCAAGCAUACAUCCAUGUCGACAUGCUGAUGUUAUGAAAAAAUUAAUACAAAUGGUUGCUGAAAGUGGAAAAGAAUUAGAAGUACACAUGUAUAUUAUGAUCUUUUUAAAAUUUGUUCAAGCCGUAAUACCGACAGUUGAAUAUGAUUAUACCAGACAAUUUACAUUUUAA